AUGAUCAACCCUGAAUGGAGGUUCUGGGCACCUUCAGGUUCAAUUGCCGAUGGAGGGCCGAGCCAAUGGUACAUUCAUGACCUUGAUCAACGACGGAUUAUCGUGGUAACCAUGGACGACGAGCAGGAGGAGGAGUCUGUGGCGAUACAACAUCUCAGGCGCCAUGUUGAUGACCUCGAUCCCGGAGUCUUGGAGAUACAUGUCAGCAACGAGGGAGAUCUCAUCUCUACCUCAUCAAGCCCUGAUGAUGACCAGACGCAGGCUGUCAACUAUCCUCUUUUGACUCAUAUCAGCAAGCCUGAGAGCGUCAAGACAAUUCAUCGUCGUCAUUUACGAGAACUAGACCGCCUUGGCCCUGAGGUUGACAAGGUCGCUGACACACAAGCAAGCUUGAAAAAUGACAACCGCAGCUUGGUUUUCAAAUACUCGUGUGUUUAUGAGUCACUUUUUGCUCGAUGGGACGAAAUCAACAUAUCGAUGCGCCUUCCAGCCAAUCCCAAUAUCGUGCCCUUCGACCGGAUAGUCAUCGAAGAGUUGCAGGGCCGCCAUGUUGUUGUCGGUUUCACGAGCCACUUUAUUCCUGGUAGCACCGUCUUCGACAACGUCUCCCGGGUCUUUAAGCUGAGUUACCUGAAGCAGCUCACACGGGUGAUUGAUGAUCUCAACUUGAAAUACGGUAUCUCGCAUCAAGACGUAGCGCCAAGAAAUAUUCUUCUGGACGAGGCGCAUGGGAAUCUCGUUAUUUUUGACUUCAAUUUUGCCACGCGCAUCGGUUGCGGCCCGCGCCAUCGCUUUGUUCAAUACCGGGAAGAUCGCAACGACGUGAAAGGCGUUAUUUUCACCCUCUACGAAAUCAUCACCCGAGAUGGGCACUUCCGUAAGGUGGAUCAUGCUGAGCAGAAUCCCGACGACGUCUUGAACAUGGAGACGUGGGCGCAACAUCCGGACGUCAAGCUGGAUCAUCCGGUGGCCGACUACCGCUCCGCAUUGGGUGAUUGGCUUCGUGCGAGGGAAGCCGGACCCAAGAUCACGAUAUAUACCGAGGCUCCAGAACACCUCGAGUGGCCAGACAUGGGGAAGCCGCCCCAAGACUACGUGGUUGAUUUGGGGGACUACCCGGCGGGCCACCCGAUGCUUACACCCGGUUGGGCAGAUCAACGCAGCAGGGCAUGGAAGGCUGGAGUGGAUGUCGUGUGCUGGGAGCGUCCUUCGCAGAACAGUAUCAAACAGGGAAGCUAUGUCCUGGCCACUGGCGAGGUUGUAGAAAAGCCUGAGCUUGCAUCCCCAUCAUGA